AUGGAAAAUGAACAAGGAGAUACGGUAGAACUUUUCCCCAUUGAUAAAGAAGAGCUCCUCAAAAAGCACAAACAAGAAAAGAAGGAUCUUCAAAACAAAAUUCAGUCUAUGAAAAAAAGCAUACCUAAAGGCGAUAAGAAGAAGAAAAAAGAAAUUACCGAAGAAAUAGCCAAGCUAGAAACAGAAUUAGAAGAAAAACACGCUCAGGAAUUGCGCCAAUAUGAACCUGAAAUUGUAGAAUCAAUACCCAACGAUGAAGAACCUAAUAAUGAAGAGAAUGAAGACAAAACGCAAGAUUCUAAAGUGUCUAGAGCCCAAAAACGUCGCAAUAAAAAGGCUGCAGAAGCAAAAGAACGUGAAAAACGGAUAACGGAACAGGCAGAAAAAAAUAAAGAAGGUCCCAGAAUGGUAGAAAUGAGCACAAUAAGAAAAGCGCUUAAGGAAGUUAGUUUACAAAUACACAACAUACCAGCCGAUGGUAAUUGUUUAUAUUUAGCUGUAAACCAUCAGCUACAAAUUUUAGGCAGGCCUACUUUUACAGUUAAUCAGCUAAGGAAACAAACAGCACACUAUAUGCUCACAAACAAAUAUGAUUUUUUGCCAUUUAUGUAUAAUGAAGAUGAUGACUCGGAAAUAAUUAGUGAAGAAUCUUUUGAAAGCUAUUGCAAGGACGUAGAAAAAACUAAACUUUGGGGUGGUCAGUUGGAACUUAAAGCUUUAUCAAAUAUAUUAGAAUGUCCUAUUAAAGUAAUUCAAGCCACAGGACCUCCAACAGUACAAGGCGAGAGCUUCAAUAAAAAUUCUGAAUUAACUUUAACGUAUCAUCGACAUUUGUAUCGGCUAGGUGAACAUUACAACUCAACUUUACCCUUGGUUGCAGAGGACGAAGACUCUGUGUGA